ACUCGCGUGGUCGUGUAUGGCCUCUUAACAUUUAAAAAUAACGACCAUACGAAAUCGAAGUUUAAAAACAAAAUAAAAUGUUGUAACGAAAGAGGUCCGCGUGGUCUCGCAUCUACAUUUUCAAAUAUGGAAUUGAAAGAGAAGAUGGUGGAUACUAGUGAUGUGAUAUGGAAGCCAAAUUACAUGCUGAUGUCCUUCCAAAGGAUACUAGUGUUGUCCGUUAUAAUAGCAAGUGUGGUUGUUGUUGUUUACUACACGCCAAUGCCAGAGGAAUACUUUGAAAACUGUGAUCGAGAAUGUCACGAACUGGACUGGCCCAUGAUUUGCCGCGUCAAACUUGUCAUUGAAGUAUACAAGACUUACAGCAAGUCAUGUAACACUUGCGCUGAGGACGGCAAAGACUGCCCACCCAUGUGCAUCACAGCGGACGGUCGAGAGCGGGGGGUGCUUUCCGCCAACAGAGAGCUCCCCGCCCCCGCUCUCCACGUCUGCCACAACGACAUCCUGGUAGUGGACGUGGUUCACCGUGCACCCGCUCACGCAUUGUCCAUACACUGGCGAGGUCAACCACAAAAGGAAACUCCUUUCAUGGACGGAGCACCAAUGCUUACCCAGUGUCCACAGCCCGCGUACACGACCUUCCAGUACAAAUUCCGUGCGUCCGCUGUUGGGACGCAUAUGUAUCACGCACAUUCCGCCGCGGACGCUGCCGACGGGCUAUCUGGUGCGUUCAUCGUACGCCAAUCGCCUAGAUUGGACCCUCUGAGGAAACUUUACGAUAUCGACGCAACUCACCACACUAUUUUCAUAGCAGAGUGGGGUCAUUCCAUGGGACCACUCGCUGGUGUCACUUCUAAAAUCCCCAACGCAGAAUCUUUGCUAAUAAACGGCAAGGGGAAUACUCCGGAAUCUUCUGACGCACCUUUAUCAAAGUUCACUGUAGAAUACGGGAAGAAGUAUCGAUUCCGCUUGGCAUACGGCGGUGGUUUUAAAAGUUGUCCCGUAGUUUUCUCCGUUGAUCAACAUGCACUUGACCUAGUUACGUUAGACGGGCAUAGAAUAGAAACAGAGGCUGUCAGAUCUAUUGAAUUGGCUCGUGGGGAACGUGCCGAUUUUAUUUUAGAUGCUAAAAGAUCGAUCGGUGUGUAUAAGAUCAGAGUUGUCGCUGAAAAAACUUGUCAAGAAGAUCUGGUGGGGGAAGCUGAAUUGGUUUACAAAAGUAGAGACAAUGUAUUAAUUAAGGACGAGGAUGAUAAUGAGACAGUAAAACGUGAGUUUACAACAGUGUACAGUGAAAAGUGUGCGACGAAUAAUGUACUGUGUUUGAAUGAGGUGCAUGCAUCCGAGAAGCUUCCUCUAGAACUUGCAACAGUGACUGAAGACAUAAUAUACGUGCCGUUUAAUUAUUCCACCAGACAGAUUUCAGCGAAACGUGUCGGUGAGUAUAAUUAUACAUGUACAUCAUAGAAAGUAACCGUAUAACAACUAACAAACCGUAUGUAAUCUUAAAUACGAAACCAUUGUUUUAACUUUUAUUACGUUAGUUGGUUUUAUAAUGACAGUUAUUUGAGUUAGGAAAAUGAAACGCAUAACAGUAUUGCUUUCUUUAAAGCUAAUUAUCAUAUAACGAACGUGUUAAUUAGGUGCCGCUAAAACUAACAAAUACACAAACUACACAACAAGUAUGUACAACUUAACAAUUAAUAAUUGGCUUUUUAAAGUUUAUUAUCGUCAAGUAGGUACUAAAAUACUUCAAUAUAACCAUUAGCGAACUUAAACACCUUUAAAACCAAAACAAUAUGCUUAAUUUAAGUCUAUAGCUCAACUCUCCAAUAGCUUGGUGUGUUGUAGGUACUAAUUUACUUGUACUUCUAACAAAAGAUAGAUUUCUUUAGUAAAAGAGCUUCAAAAACAUCUGCAUUGCAUACAAUGUUCAAAACAAAGUAAACAAAAAAUACAUACUUUCCCUGAAAAUAACCGUGCGGUGCAAACCGCAUGAAAAUCCAUUCCAUUAAUUUUUUAGUAGAUCGCAAAUAGACACUAGACAGACAGAUGCGGCGUUGUGUUUUAUAUAUACAUAUAGAUAAAAGGUAUUAUUUAAAAUUUCAAAUAAAUGAAUAUACUUGGACUCACAUCACCAGAUCCAGAGUCCGGCCGCUCAGAAGAUUGCGUUUCUGACAGGUCGUGCGAAUGGGACAAACAUAAUUAUUUACAAU